CGAUCUAGUCCAACGUCUUCAUCAGAGGUGCGCGCCAUGCAAGCACGUAUACCAACCCAUUUUCGUGAUCCCGCAACGGCGCCGUUAAGAAAAUUAAGUGUGGAUUUAAUCAAGACCUACAAGCAUAUAAAUGAGGUCUACUAUGCAAAAAAGAAACGUCGUGCCCAACAGACACAAGGCGAAGAUGAUUCCUCAAAUAAAAAGGAACGUAAAUUAUAUAAUGAUGGCUAUGAUGACGAUAAUCACGAUUAUAUAAUUAAGCAUGGUGAAAGAUUUUUGGAUCGUUAUGAAAUUGAUUCAUUGAUAGGUAAAGGUAGUUUUGGACAAGUGGUCAAGGCUUAUGAUCAUGAAGAGCAAGGUUAUGUAGCAAUAAAGAUAAUUAAGAAUAAGAAACCGUUCCUAAAUCAGGCACAAAUUGAGGUUAAACUAUUGGAAAUGAUGAAUCGUGCAGAUGCAGAAAAUAAAUAUUAUAUCGUUAAACUUAAACGGCAUUUUAUGUGGCGCAAUCAUUUAUGUUUAGUAUUUGAAUUAUUAUCCUAUAAUUUAUAUGAUUUAUUACGUAAUACAAAUUUUCGUGGUGUCUCAUUGAAUUUAACACGAAAAUUUGCUCAACAGCUAUGCACUGCUUUGCUCUUCUUGAGUACUCCCGAACUGAAUAUAAUCCACUGUGAUCUAAAACCCGAAAAUAUAUUACUUUGUAAUCCCAAAAGAUCAGCCAUAAAAAUUGUUGAUUUUGGCAGUUCUUGUCAAUUGGGUCAAAGGAUAUACCAAUAUAUACAAUCACGUUUCUAUCGUUCACCGGAAGUUUUAUUAGGCAUACCUUAUGAUUUGGCCAUUGAUAUGUGGUCUUUGGGUUGUAUUUUAGUGGAAAUGCAUACUGGCGAACCUUUAUUCUCCGGCUGUAAUGAAGUCGAUCAAAUGAAUAAAAUUGUUGAGGUCUUGGGUAUGCCACCCAAAUAUCUGCUCGAUCAAGCGCACAAGACUCGUAAAUUUUUCGAUAAAAUCGUCUCAGAUGGUUCGUAUGUUUUGAAGAAAAGUCAAAAUGGUCGUAAAUACAAACCGCCUGGGUCACGUAAACUACACGAUAUACUGGGCGUCGAAACGGGCGGUCCGGGUGGUCGACGUAUGGAUGAGCCGGGUCAUUCGGUAGCGGACUAUUUAAAAUUCAAAGACUUAAUAUUACGAAUGUUGGAUUUUGAUCCGAAGACACGUGUCACACCGUAUUAUGCGUUACAGCAUAAUUUCUUUAAGCGUACCACAGAUGAGGGUACCAAUACGGGUGCUGGUUCGGUACAAACUGGUAGUAUAGCAAUAUCUUCGCCUUCCGUUAGUUCAACAUCAUCAUCGACGGCCGCUCUAGUGCCGGGUGGUCAAAUGGUACCGGUUAGUGCGGUGCAACAUUCAGAACAACAGAGUCAUGGCCUUUUAAUGCAUCCCUCAAGCCAACAGCCCAACAGUUUAAAUAGUUUGGGUCAAGCAGCCUCUGCAAAUCUUAUGCGUUCAUCACGUGGUGGUGGCGUCGUUGUCGGUGGUGGUGGUGGACCACAAAAUUUCGAUCAAAACUCUAUGAUGAUGAAAUCCCUAUACGAACAACAACAGCAGCAGCAACAGCUGCUGGCGGCACAGCAAUCACUGCAGGGUUUACUAUCGCCCGGUUCGAAUAGCAGUUGUAGCAGUAGCACACAACAACAGCAAUCGAACAGUGUAAGUAGUAAUAAUUAUCCCUUGGCCAUGGAUUGUGAUCCUCCCUUGGCCUCGCAACAAAUGCCACCACCACCGCCACCUUUACAACUUCAUACAAAUAUGCGUUUUGGUGUUAAUAACUCCUCAACGUCUUUGCAAGGUGGUGGAGUAUCAUCCACUACCUCGGGGGGUAGUACAGGCUCUUUAAAUUCCUCACGCAUACGACAAAACUCUGGCAGUUCAGGGGGUUUUAAUCCUUUGCAGACCAACAAACAUCAGCCUUCAACAGCUGGCACAGCUGUGGCACAUCAUCACAAUUAUGCACCCGCUUCGCUGCCAACAGAUUUUGUUCAUCAUCCGCUGUCGGCGGCUGCCUCGCAUCUAAUGAUGACCGAUUCUAGCGUUAUAACUGCCUCUGCAGCUGGCUCAUCUACUGGACCUGCCUCGUAUACAUCCUGGCCCUCGGUGGCACCAACCAGCAAUCAUGUCUUUGGCCUGCCUCCACCACCACCGCCCUCACACAUGUUAGCCGGCGUUAGUAUGUCAAAUGAUAUGGUUAAUGCUCCCGCACAUUUACAACAACAACAUUUAAUGCAUCAGCAGCAGCAGCAGCAACAACAACAGCAUCAGCAGCAGCAUCAAUUACAACAUUCACAAAGGCGUGCAGUUGGCGGUGGUGGUGGUGCGGAUCGUCUACCCCCGGUCAACUCUAAUAAUAGUUCGAAUUCUUCUGGUAAUAAUAGUGGUUCUGCCAGUGGAGAUGCCUCUUCGCCCAUGGUAGGCGUUUGUGUUCAACAAAGUCCUGUAGUUAUUCAUUAAGUUUCCAAUACUUUCCCCUGGUUUUCCCUACUUUACAAGAAAACACUACUUUAACUCCUAUUGCUUGACUUUUUCUUUUUGUUAAGAAAGAGAGAGAGAGAGAGAGAGUUUUAUUUGUAGGUAGUGUUUUAUUCUAUCUUGUACUACUAUUUUCUCUAUAUAUUUUCUGCUCUAUUACUGCUCUAAUACUUUAAAAAAUUAUUUUAUUUUUAUAUAUAUAUAAAUAUAAAUUUUAUUAUUAUAAUUUAAUGCAAGAAAAAAAAAAAGAAACAAAAAAUAUAUAUUUGUAUUUAAUUUUUAUUAUUAUCUUAUAUAUAUUUUAUUGUCUUUAUUUUUUGCUUUUUCGUAUAAUUUAACUGUAUUGUUGUUAAAGAGAGAUAAACAAAAACAAAACAAUUUAAUUAUUAAUAAUAACUAUUAUAGACAUUAUAUAUACCUAAACUUAUAACAUUAUAAUAUAAAUAACUAAAUAAUAAUUAUUAAAAAAAAAACAUAUAUAUUUUAGUAUAUAUGUUUAUUUAAUCGUAAAUUUACAAAAUUUUUAAAAAUUGUAUUCUUUUAGGGAGAAAAAUAAAAUAAGCUGCUUAAGAAAACAACAAAUGCCUAGUUAGAAGUAAAAAUAUUUAGCUACAAGUUAAAGCAACAAAUUUGUCUAAGAAAGAACUUUAAGUUUACUCUCUAGUACAGCCUAAACACUACUCCAUAGUUAAGAUAGUAGACUAUUCUAUAGUCUUAUAAAUAGACGCAUCUAUAGCCUGAACAAUAGACUAAAGACUAUUCUAUAGUCUACACUCUAGUCUAUUGACUAUUAUAUAGUCUAGUCUAUUGACUAUUAUAUAGUCUAGU